AUGACCACUAGAGGGCAGCACACACUGGACCAGAGCAGUCCAGUCAGGAAGAUCGCCUGGAGGCCGUUUCCGCCGCACCUUGACCCUGAUCCAGACUGCAACCGCACAUCAGCCGAGGUGGAACACUUCUUCCAAGCCAAGAGCAUUGUUCUUAAGGUCGGUAAAGGGGUCACCGCGGGGAAGCUGGCGAUCAGCGUCCAGAAGAAGCUGACGCGCGCACAGGAGAAGGUGUUUCCGAGGGGUUUCAGAGAGGGACCCGACAGAGGACCCGACAGAGGACCCGACAGGAGGACCCGACAGAAGGACCCGACAGAGGACCCCGACAGAGGACCCGACAGAGGACCCGACAGAGGGACCCGACAGAGGACCCGACAGAGGACCCGACAGUACUUGGAGAGGGAUUGGGAGUCAGGAGAACUUCUUGAGCGUAAACUGGGGUCUCAGUCCGACCGCUCCUCGCCGCCUCCAGGCUACAUCCCCGACUGCCUUGCAGCACGAGGCCCCGACCGGUCCUUCCCAGACGAUUCAUCAGAGAAGGAGCGUUCAUCCAGAGCGCCUGGACCCUUCUGGCAUUUUAAAUUCUCUGAGUACGACAUCCCCGUGUUCGAGCCGUCGGGACGGAGGGCCGAUACCCCGCGGGCGCUACGGGGAUCCAUUCCGGCCCACAAGACUACAGCGAUGGUGCGUGCAGUCAAACAGCUCCAUUACUCCAACUCACUCAUAUUCGUCAUAACCAGCCGUAAGACGUUCCCCGCGCAGCCCGCCGCUCUCAGGUUCAUGGCUUCAGGUCUCCCGUCAGCUUCAGUCCCACAGACCAGUCCCCGAGCACCAGCAGCGGCAGCAGUGUGUUCAGCCCUGACGCGGACGACUGUGCUUCCCGCAGGACGCCCAGAGGGAAGUGAAACCGUGGAGCCUAACCCAAGCUCCGCCCCCACGCCUGUCAGUCAUGGAGACAUCAGCCCGCCCAGCCGCCUCUCCUCGUGCUCCCACCAACUGGCGUCUGGGGACGCUGCUAGGGCGAAGAGGGGCGCCUUCGGAGGGUGUAGCUGUGCUAUGACGCAGAUACAGGGAGAGAGCUGGCCGUUGAAGCAGGAGGUGGGAGCUCUGGAGUGUGAGAUCCAGCUGCUGAAGAACCUGGGGGCAACAGUGGGUCAGAGAGGAUCGUCCAGUACUACGGCUGUCUGCGGGACACGAUGGAGCGAACUCUGGGGUCCGAUAAAGGACCAGCUGAAGGCGUACGGAGCUCUGACAGAGAACGUGACGCGCCGAUUACACGCGCCAGAAUCUUUGGAGGGCGUGUCUUAUCUCCAUAGCAACAUGAUCGUGCACCGUGACAUCAAAGGAGCGAAUAUUUUGCGAGACUCUGUGGGGAACGUGAAGCUGGGAGACUUCGGAGCGAGUCGCCGCCUCCAGACCAUCUGUCUCUCAGGGACAGGCAUGAAGUCGGUGACAGGGACGCCGUACUGGAUGAGUCCUGAGGUCAUCAGCGGAGAGGGCUACGGCCGCAAAGCUGACAUCUGGAGUGUGGGCUGUACUGUGGUGGAGAUGCUGACACAGCGUCCCCCGUGGGCAGAGUUUGAGGCGAUGGCGGCCAUCUUUAAAAUCGCCACUCAGCCGACAAACCCCGUGCUGCCGCCGCACGUGUCGGAUCACUGCCGCGAGUUCCUGCGCCGCAUCUUUGUGGAGACCAAACAGCGGCCGAGUGCCGACGAGCUGCUGCGACACUUCUUUGUACAUUAG